CUGUCGCUGAUUAAUGUCGCGCUGAGCGAGCGCUGCCACCCGCGGAGCGCCCCGCCACUGGAACCCCUCCGUUUGUGUACCACGCCCGUCUGCUGGCCAUGGACGCCGCCGCCGCCGCCGACGCGCAGGCGAGCGUGUCUGCGCGCCCGCCGCAGCCCUCGCCGCAGCCGCCGCCGGCAAAGAAAGGCCGCCGGGGCAAGAAGAACGCCGAGGAGGACGAGGCCAGCAAGAAGCGGCGCUGCAUCUCCAGCGCGUGCGUGCCGUGCCGGAAGCGCAAGAGCAAGUGCGACGGGACCACACCCGCCUGCUCCGCCUGCGCCGCCGUCUACAACACCGAGUGCAUUUACGACCCCAACUCGGACCACCGCCGCAAGGGCGUCUACAAGAAGGACAUCGACAACCUCAAGACGCGCAACUCGACCCUGCAGACGCUGAUCCAGGCCAUCCUCAACUACCCGGAGGACCAUGUCGCCGACCUGGUGCAGCAGAUUCGCACCUGCGAGAGCCUGGACUCGGUCGCAGAGGCCAUCAUUGCCCGCGAGAACGGCGAUGACGACGACGACGACGAGCCCGUCAGCCCGCUGACCACGCCCGCCAUCACCCCCGUCAAGCCCACCUUUGAGAACCAGCUAAGCGGCCGCAUGGGCGAGCUGCGCCUGGAGGACGGCUCGACGCGCUACAUUGGCGGCACCUCGCACCUGAUCUACCUGGGCCAGCACAACGAGACGGCCGACUCGCCCGACCCGUACGCCGAGGAGCAGUACCAGCAGGUCGAGGACCCGUACUGCUCAUGGACCACCGUCACCUCCGACCCCGAGCUGGUGCAGCACCUGAUCAGCAUGUACUUCUGCUGGCACUACAGCUUCUUCACUACCCUGUCCAAGAACCUGUUCCUGCAGGAGUUCCAGGCUGGCAAGCCGCCGCCAGGCUCGGCCCGGAAGAUGCAAUACUGCACGCCGCUGCUAGUCAACGCCAUGCUGGCACUGGGCUCCCACUUCACCUCCCUGCCUGCAGCACGAGCUGUGCGCGACGAUUCCGCGACUGCCGGCGACCACUUCUUCCGCGAGGCGAAACGCCUGAUCAUGGAAGAGGAUCUCCACGAAGUCCCUGCGCUGCCAACCGUCCAGGCCCUAGCGCUGAUGUCUGUACGCGAGGCAGGCUGCGGACGCGAGGCAAAGGGCUGGGUCUACAGCGGCAUGUCUUUCCGCAUGGCCUGUGAUCUUGGCCUCAAUCUCGGUAUGCACAGCAAAGAUGCCAUUGACGAGACUGAAGAAGACGCCCGGCGCAUCACGUUCUGGGGCUGCUUCUUGUUCGACAAGUGCUGGAGCAACUACCUCGGCCGCAUGCCCCAGCUGGCCAACAACAUCAUUACAGUGCCCAAGUUUGACGUCUUUCCGGUCGAGGACUCAGAAACUUGGAGUGCGUACACAGACUCGGGCAUCAGCCAGGCCCACUCGCAGCCUUCGAGGACGAGGGCUGUGGCCUUGCAGAUCACCAAGCUAUGCGAGAUCUCGAGCGAUCUGAUGACUUUUUUCUACAACCCCAUUGACAUGGACAAGGCAAAAGGCAAGCAGGCAGAGUUGAAAAAGCUGAGCGAGAUACAUGUCCGUCUGGAAACCUGGAGAAGGGAUUUGCCAAAGGAGUUGGAGCCGAAAGAAGGCGGACUUCCGCACAUGCUCGUCAUGCACAUGUUCUUCCAGCUCCUCUACAUCCACCUCUUCCGACCCUUCCUGAAGUACAACCCCGAUAACUCGCCUCUGCCACCGAACGUUUCGCCCCGCAAACAGUGCACACAAGCUGCAGCAAUGAUAUCCAAGCUGCUCCGUCUGUACAAACGAUCGCACGGCCUGCGACAGAUCUGUAAUAUCUGUGUCUACAUCACGCACUCGGCAUGCACCAUUCAUCUGCUAAAUCUCCCUGAGAAGAACGCUAAACGAGAUAUCAUCCACGGCAUCAAACACCUCGAAGAGAUAGCCGAGGGUUGGCUCUGCGCUAGACGUACUCUAGGCAUCCUCAGCGUCCUUGCCAAACGCUGGAAAGUUGAGCUCCCUGAAGAAGCUGCGGCUGUCCUCGCGCGAACAGACGGUAAAUUCGGGCCCUGGAAUGAAAUCAGCACGCCCAAGGUCACACGAGCUGAGCCUGUGAUCAUCCCAGAAGGCCACCAAGCAACAAGCCCAACUCAAAAAUUCUCUCCUAGUCUACAUCCAUAUAGUAUGAGCAUGGCAGACGUCACAUCAUCGAACUUCCCUUCGAGGCCAUCUGCGACAACCAGUAACGCAGCUGCAGCCGCAUACGUAAGCUACUCCCAGAACACAGCUCAGCCUACCUCAUCCUUCACGCGCGACCCCUCCUCCAUCCCACCAACGGACCUGACUCACAACCGUCUCCAGCGCCACCCAUCGGAUCCUCUGAAUCACACUACGCCGAACCAUGCGCAUACACCCGCCACACCCGCGUCAACGCAGGCCAGGCAAUCUUUCGACGCCGUGAGCUCAACCGGUGCAUCACCAUCAGCGCUGUUUGGUGGUGUAGACCAACUAAUACGAGAGGGGCAAGACUGGAUCUACCGAGACCAAACGCAGCUUGCCAGCGGGUUUGAUAACUGGAGCAACCAGGAUUUUGGCGACAUUGCGAGCUGGUUUGCGUCCACUGGCGCGUCUCCGGGGACUUUUGGGCCCGUGCCUGCGAGCCAAAGCAUGAACGGCGGGCCUGUCGGGGGAGGCGCCGUUAAUGGGGGCACUGAAAACGGCUACAACGUCAAUGGUGUGCCGAUGAAUGGAGGGGCGAACGGGAAUGGGAAUCCAAAUCUAAAUCCAAAUCCAGGGCUGAAUGGGAUGGGUGGUGUUGGCGGGAUGCACGGGUUUACGUACGAUGAGCGGAGCUGGUACGAUUACCAGUGAGCGGUGUAUCGCCCUGUUGCGGAUUGUAUGUUGCGUGUGUAGAAAAGGAACGGGAGAUACCAAUCAAUCUUAUCGGGCGUUACGGGGGCCAUGGGUUUUGGAGUAGUCCAUGAAUGUAUUCUUUCUUGUUGAUCAAUACAAUCUUAGAGCAAUCCGUCUUCUUCAUGUGGAAGCGCACUUCAUUCUUUAGGAGCUCCA